AAAGCACGGACAUUGUGGAUGAAGCAAUCACAUUCUUUCGAGCCAACGUGUUCUUUAGAAACUUUGAUAUCAAGAGUUCAGCUGACAAGCUUCUGAUCUAUUUAACAUUUUAUAUAAAUAUUGCUUUAAAGAGGCUUGAAGGCUGUAGAACCUUAGCUGAAGGAACCAAAGCAAUUAUUAAUCUAGGGCUAGAUAAGGUGCCCGUACCAGGAGAGCAUGGAUUCCCGUUUCCGGGGCUGUUCGCCAAUCCCCAAUCUCAACAAGAAGCAA